AGAGAACAAAUUGAACAAGACUAUAAGAAUGAAACCAGUUUGUGGUCCUCAUAUCCUCUUUAUACUGCCUAAUUGUACUUCAUCCACUGGGGCAUCAACAUUUUUUUUUUCUUUUUUUUUCUUUUACAUAAUAUCAGAAAGGGUGAUAAAAAAACACUAUAAAUAUCAUGUACGCCCGUUUCUGCGCUCUAACCAAUAUCCCACUUAAUCUGUCUGAAAGAGCCAAAGGAAGAGCAUUCAAACUGCAAAGCUUUCCGUCCAGUUUCUCUUCUAACUCAAAAAGAAAAACCUCAUCAUGAGCUCUUUUUGUAUUUGCUUCCUCAACUUAAUGAUCCUUGUGAUUAUUAUUUCCUGCAAUCUUGGAAUACAUUCUGGUCCUCCAAACAAGUUUUUGCAUUCAUUUCAUGGAGAAAACAACCAGUCAGCAAGAAUGGAAUCACAACAGACAAGAUCAAGCCUCAGAAAGCUUUUGGUACAUGGGAGUUGCACAAGUAGAGAUAUAAGCAUCUCACAAAGCAGAGAUUCUUCCACAUCUGGAAUCCCACGGUAUAUAGUGCAGAUUGCCAAUACUUGUGUUUGUGGAUGUGCUCCAUCAAAUAUCCAUCUCCACUGUGGUUGGUUUGCUUCAGCAAGAAUGGUAAAUAGAAUGACUUUCAAGAGGCUUUCCUAUGAUGAUUGUUUGGUGAAUGAAGGAAAGCCUUUGAAAACAAGCGAGAUUAUCAGUUUCACUUACUCAAACUCCUUUAUGUACCCACUAACAUUUAAGUCUGCCAAGUUUUGCUGAACCUCAAAAAACCCCACAGUAUGGAUGGAAAUAACCAAGAUUGAGAUAUUCAAUCGAAAGGGCCAAAAAGAACCCAACUUUUAUGGAGAUUCCAAAUUACAGAAUUUGAAAGAAACCAAAAAGAAUUUCAAUCUCAGCUUUGAAUCCAAAUUCACAGCUGGCCCUGCCUAUCUUUGUUUUGAUUAGCACUCUUUUUUCGUUAUUUAGUAGAAAUCUAUUAUUUAUUCUACCAUUCCCCAGAAGAUGCUCUCUGUGAUAGAAGUUAGCCUAAGUGAAGAAGAAGAAAGUAGAAUUUCUUUGUUUGGCUGCACGGUGCUUGGAAGGUCUGAAACUCUGGGCUUGUUUUGCAGCCUGUCUCACAAAAAAGUGGGAAAGAGAUUUGUUUCUUGGGUCAAUUAUUUGUAGGGUCUUUCUCCAAGGAAGAAUGGACCAAACUGGACGGUGUCAGCGUAGAAUAUUGGAAGAAGAAAAUGACAAAAAAUGUUGCAAAACAAAAGUUGUAUCUUGUUUCAUUAUUUGAUUUGGUAUUUUACUCUUUACUCUCCUCUCUCUUUCCCUCUCUUUCUCUCUGCCUCUCUUCAUUUUCUUCUCCCAGAAUAGUCAAAUUAGGAGGUUGUACUCGUACAUAUUUGGGAGUGUGGCUUUGAAAAUGCAGUUUGUAUUCUAAUGUAAAUGGAUGUUGCACUUCAUUAAUUGAAAAAUCGGUCUUGAAAAUGGCCUUUUCUA